GCUCACUUCGCGUUGCUCCCUCACUCUCUGGAAAGGGGAGCUCUGCUGCGGCGAAUGCAUAUUCUGCACACGCAGCGAGCGAGCGUAGAGUAGAGUGUAGGUGUGCGAAUGAAUGGAUAUUUUGCGAGAGGGUCGAGCAGCUCUUUGCCGUGUCUCGCAAGUCGAUGAAAACUCCUGGAGCUAGGAUUGCGAGUCAUCGGAUUUUCGAAUUUUACGAGGGAGGGAGGAAAUCGGGUGUGGCGAUUUUGUCUCCGGUGGCGGACAGGGAUUAUGUGCUAGAGCAGGUGUUGCGUUUGAUGUAGUGAAGGCGACUGCAGUCAGCCACAAUGCUCAUUAGGGUGAUAAUUCGGGGAACUGUUGUUGUGUCGAGUGCUGCUGGAGUUUGACGUGUGGUUAUGUAGCCUAGUGAGAGAAACCCUAGAAAAGAUGAAGUUGGGCCCUCAGGGUCACUAUAACCUGAACGGGGAGACUUUAGUAGGGAAUGCUCUUCACGACUUGAAUACGAUUGAUUCCAGAAACCCUGAGAUUGAUGGGAUAACGGACACCGACCGGGAUGCCCCGACUGGUGAUGAACUGGACAACGACGAUGAUUCUACGUCCAACGGGGACUAUGGCAACCUUGCCCUGCAAAGAACAGGACAGAAUUUGGAGCAAUCUUUGACUAUGGACAAUGAAGGAUCGCGUUCACCUUAUGGUGUGCUCACACUAAACGACGUCAUUCCCAUCGAAUCAACAAGAGCUCGCUUCUUGCAGCUCAUCAUUGACUACUUCAUAAGGUAUCAUGUUGUUCCGGCCACGGAGGCACCUGAAGGUAACUCUUACAGUCCAAAUGGGAAGGAUAAAUCGAAGAAGCGAAAGUCGAGAGAUGUUCAAUACGAAGGUGACCCUCGAUACUUGCUACCUUUGACCUUCGUGGCCAAUCUGUAUGAAACAUUGAUUCGCGAAAUAAAUCAGCGAUUGGCAACUAUUGAGGGCCUCCAAGAGAAAACUUUUGGAGUGGCACUUGAAGCUGCUGGUGGACUGUACAGGAGACUCGUGAAGAAGUUUCCCAAAUCAGAGUCCGAGGAGUCAAUGCAGGGAUCAAACUGCUUCCCUACAUCCCCAAACACAUGUAGAGUUGGAAAUGGUGCCGUCGGAGCGACAAUGACCUUUAAGAGGCGCGAGAUGGCAUCUGCGUUGGAGGCCCGCACAAAAUUUCCUCAGUUAGUGACUGGCGAGGAGAAGCGCGUGCGUUUUGUUGUCGUGCAUGGUUUAGAGCUGGUGGAGCGACCUAAUCUAUCCCCGGAAGAUGCAGAAUGGUUCAAGAGAUUGACAGGAAGGCACGAAGCACAGAUUUAUGAGUCGGAUUACAAGUAUUUUGCUGCCAGAGUGAAGCACCGCCGUGCUCCUCACCAUACUUUGUCGUCUAUGACACUGCUACAGCCUUAUCCAGGUAAUGAGCCUCCAACGACUUUGUCCUCUCCCACAUUACGUCAGCAGGGAUUUGAAACCCAUGGGAUGGAGUGUCAGCCCUAUCCGGCUAGAGAUCCUGGAGUUUUACCACCGCACGUGGUGUCAUCAUGGGCAUUUGAACAGCUUCAGCAACAACAUCAACUGCAACAUCAGCAGCAUCAACAUUCUCCACACGUUCAACAUCAACAGCUUACACAGCAUACAGUACAUACGCCGCCUCAUGUGCCACGAGAUUUGGAUGCACCCGGAAUGCAUGGCUCGGUCGUUCAGCAUCAGGCGACAGGCCCUUCGAAGUAUUGCGACGAAUGCGGUUCGGCGUACAUUCGGGAGACGUCGAAGUUCUGCUCAGAAUGCGGCACCAAGCGACUUGGUGUGAUGUAGGCCACAUUUCUACAUCCGAGGGAUGAUGUAGCUUUUCAUAUUCUCACCAGCGUUCUCGUGAGGAAAUUAGCUUUCGGGAGGUUAAAAAUUUGUACAGUGCACUGUUCUCAGUGCCCAUCAGCACUCUGCUUGGGCAAUUUUAGACUCAUUUGUCAUCUUUCGAAUGGAGACUUCACUCCUUGCCCUUGAACAUCCUGAGAAGUUCCAGAUUAGUAUGGUUCAUUCUGAAGAUUUGUCCACGCAGCAGACAGGGCUGCUUUCCAACAUGUGUUUGAAGUUGGUAGCAGCAGGUAGGAGUAGUAGCUUCUUCUCAUCUAGGACAGAUUGAAUCAUGUAUUAUAAGGUUUGCUCAAAUCUUCGAGCACUUCAUUGUACUGUUACAUGCAGUCUUCUCAGAGCAAGAGUAUUUUGCAGCUCCUCACUGCCAUUAGUGUGAAA